AUGACCACCAUCGAGGCGCCCACCAAGGCCUGCCACAACUGCCGCCGUCAGCGCCUCCGCUGCGACCGCUCUUAUCCGCACUGCAACAAGUGUAUCGCCGCCGGGAAGGAAUGUCUUGGCUACGGGAAGCUUUUCCGCUGGACCGGCGCUGUGGCCAGCCGCGGCAAGCUGGCCGGCCGCACGUCCAGCGCGCCCGUUGACGACUCAACACGGCCCAACGCCCACUCGAGGUUGACUCCUCCAGCAUCGACACCUUCACAUUCACCAUCGUCAUUGCAUGGGUCUGGUAGAGAGUCGCCAUUCUAUCCGCGGCCGCGGGAUGAACCACCGCUGGCCGACCAGCAUGGCACCGUCGCAAGCACCGCGGACCUGGCUCCCGAAGAUGCACAGCUCAUUACCCGUCCUCGCUCGACCGAUAACUCAAGUGUAAGCAGCCCUUGGGUGCUUGUAGACCCGCUAUUCCAAGAUCUGGAACCUUCAAACAGGUACUACCUGUCAUACUUCACGCAAAGACUCUGCAAGGAUCUGGUCUCUCAGGACCAUCCCGAUCGCAACCCUUUCCGCACCUUGCUGCCGCUCACGCGGGCGCAUCCCCUGCUUCAGCACAUCAUUGUUGCCGCGUCGGCAGCCCACAUGUCCAACCUGGUUAGGGCUUCACACGUCUACUCUAAUGAUGCAAAUCAGCUGCUCGGUACCUCAGAGGCAGAGGAGGCUUCCGCGCGGGCAUAUCGCGAUGCCCUCGUUGCCAAGCACAAGGCGCUCAGCCUCAUGCGCGAUGCCGUGCGCGAUGUCGAUUCUACGGGUGGCGAUGUCAUCCUCGCCGCUGCCCUCUUCUUCAUCAAUGUCGAGUUGAUCGAGUCUGGAAAGCAUGGAUGGAAGGCCCACCUGGAGGGGGCUGGUAGGAUCAUGUCUUUGCUACAGCCUGCGCUCCCAGGCAACGAGGCUCUGAGAGAUUACAUGCUUUCAGACUGCUUUGUCUACUUCAUUCUCGGCUCUGCUUUCAUGCCCGCGGCGGCUUUCGACACUGGAUCGUUCUUUCAACCGUCCCAGAUCCCGUCAAUCUUGGGUAGGGCUGCUGCCAACAGCUACCUGUGCUGCCCACCAGAGAUUCUCGCUAUCCUGCAUGCUGCGUCCCAGCUGUCUAAUGCGAGCACUGAUGCGCACUCUGAUGAUGAGAUCCGCGCCGCCGGCCUGGCGCUAAUACAGCGUGCGCAAGCAUUCGACAUUAAUGCUUGGGCAAAUGAUGUUCGCAACAUCUCCUACCUACAAGAUGCACCUAUCCAGAGCCGCAUUCACGCAGGUUCAGCUCAUCGGUUGGCUGCCUGCCUAUACAUUCUUCAGGCUAUUCCAUCCUUGAGCGAGAUGAAAGGCCAUGACGAGGUUGCCGAAUCUUUGAGUCGCGACAUUUUCAAGCAUCUGUCGAGCAUACCAGAUGAUGACCCCAACUUCAAGGCGACAACAUGGCCAACGUUCAUCGUCGGAGCCGAGGCAACCGGGCGCGCUAGACGCGAGUGGGUGAUGAAUCGGCUCCGGCGGUUGGUCGUCUCUUGUCCCUGGGGCUUUUUGUACACCGCCAUGGACACUCUUCAGGUGAUUUGGAGCCUGGACGGGCAGAACAAGGGCACGCGCGGCUGGGUCCAGACACUCAAAGAUCCGAAGUUGAACUUUUUGAUCGUCUGA